UAGCACAUGCAUGUACAUGUUACCUGUAAAUAACCUAAGUGAUGUCUAUUUUACUGUUAAUUUUCAUUUUGUAAUCAAUGAUAAGAAGAUAGAAAAAAUAUGUUUUUCAUUGAUGCUGUAAUAUGUAAUCCUCACAUUUUUUUCUGCAAACGCGCUAGUUAAUAAACAAUCAAAAGAUUACACAAAUGAUAUUUGAAUAUGUCGUUAAUAUGUUCAGUGAGAGAUGAUUUCAAUGAAAAUGUGUUCACAUAGCCUGCGACAACGGAUGGUACGGCCAAGACUGUCUUACCCAAUGUGGUCAUUGUCUUAACAACGCUGCCUGUAAUAAGACUUCCGGUAUGUGUCCAGAUGGAUGUGCCGCAGGAUACAAAGGUUCUCUCUGCAUUGAUGUGAUUCCGUCUGAGCUCAUAGGACCAGCUGUUGGCGGUUCGGUUGGGGCUAUUGUUGUUAUCGCAAUCAUAAUUGUAUCAAUGAUCGCAAUUAGAAGGAGGCGUUCAACGCCAACUAAAAGACAUCAGUUCGACGACAUUCCUGUUGCAAUUCAGAAUAACACAGAUUUUAAAAUCGACAAAACACCGACAACGUCAAAGAAUAAACCUCUGAAAGGCCCAACUGGAGCUGUGUAUGAAAACGCAGGGUCUCCAGAAGAAGACGGCCUUAACUACAACAGCGAACCGCUACAUAGAGAACUAAAACGUACUGAAAUACGUCUCAUUGCUGUCGAUAAACUGCGAACGUUCGUACGAGACAACUACCAGAACAAAACAAUCUUCCAGCAAGAAUUUGAUAAAAUACCAUAUGGUCUUCAACAUCCGACGAUUGUGGCAUCUUCAGCCACAGCCAAAAAUAGAUACAAGGAGAUGUAUGCAUACGACCAUUCUCGAGUGAUUCUCAGAAGAAUCGCCGAUGAACCACAUUCCGACUACAUCAACGCCUGCCAUGUCGAUGGCUACACGGAAGAAAAAAAGUAUAUUGCGUCCCAAGGUCCGGUCAACCCAAUGGUAGGCGAUUUUUGGAGAAUGGUGUGGGAACAAGACGUCUUUAUUAUAGUUAUGACUACGAAACUCGUUGAAGAAGGAAAGAUGAAAUGUUUGAAAUACUGGGGCGAAAGCAAACCGAUAAUACACGGCACCUUUGCGGUCACACUUUCAGAAGAAAAAGACUAUUCAUGUUAUACAAUUCGAACGAUUACUUUGCAUGAAAAGGAUAAACCACAUGUUUCUCGCAUCGUGACCCAGUUUCACUACACUACUUGGCCCGAUAAAAGCGUGCCAAACAGCAGCACAAGCCUCGUACAAUUCUGGAGAAAGAUUAGGUGUCAAAAAAGAACAACCAAACAAGCAUGGCUAAUACAUUGCAGGUAA